AACACUUUUCCAAGUUGAUUUGAUCUCAUUGAGCAUGCAACAAUUUAAUGGAAUUAUAUAUUACUUCAUUGUUAUGAAUAUGAAUGAAGUCUGACUGCCCAAACUGUCCCAUCUACAGCUCUGGGAUGGGAGACACAUGUACAAAGUGUGAGGGAGUGUUACCAGCUAGGACUUCUGGUUAAAACUUUCAAAGUAAAGUCUUAACUGAUGAACACACAACAUUAAAGUGAAUAAUAUAUCUAUAUUUCCGACGACAUUUGUAGUAGCACAGCUACAGGCAUGUUUUGUUAUUUUAUCACUUGCUCUAUAGAUUUAGGGUUUAAAAAAGUAUUCAUCUUAUUUCUAAUUUUAUUCCUCACUGAUCAGCAAAAACAUUAAAACCACUGACAGAUGAAGAAAAUAACUUUGAUCAUGUCCCUGACUGCUGGGAAAUCUUUAAUGGAGAUGCCACCUGACACACUCAACCCACCCAAGCCCUGCAGUAAAUCAAGUACACACCUUCAUGGCAACAACACUUUUUGAUGGCAGAGGCCCCCCAGCAGAACCACCCACCAUACCACACCGCAAAAUCUGCUCAGGAAUGACCCGAGGAACGUGACAAAGAGCUCAAGGUAUGACCCAGCCUCCAGAUUUCCCAGAUCCUAAUCUGAAUGAGCAUCUGUGGGACAUGCAGUACCAGACUUCACAACCCACAGGACUCAAGGAUCGGCCAUCAGCACCCCGGUGCCACAGGUAACCCUCAGAGGUCCUGUGUCCAUGCCUCCACAGGACCAAAGGUUUCCCUGCAGAACACUGCAUUGUAACAAGAUGAUUAGUUUUAUUCACAUCCCUCACUAGUAGUUUUAAUGUUUUGGCUGAUCGGUGUAUGUAACAGUUUUCCAGUCAGUAAAAAUGUGCUCAAGUUUUUUGUUGUUCUUAUUUAAUUAUUUAUGAAUAAUCCGCUUUAAUGCUUUGACUGUUACAGGUGAAAGGUGGAGGCUAGCAUAUACAUUUUACAGAUCAGAUCUUAAUUUGUUAGUUUCUUUGGAAACCAAAAUUAGUCACCAAGUGUCUUUCCUGUGACCUGUGUCACACAUGCUGUUGCCUGCAUCUACCCAAAUAUGACAAAGGUCAUCACAACUCUCAAAAAAUUCAUUUUCUGGUCUGACAACGGAAACUUUUGAAGCUAGAAAAAAUUUCAGUGGCACAGUACUAUAUUUUGAAUCCAUUAGUGGGUACAUUUUAGUUGUGAGACAGUGAAUCAUGAUGACACACACUGGAUUAAAUCAGAUCUAAUAUUAGCCAGGCUCAUUUGAAAUACUGUAAACUACAUAUGGAAUCACCAUUAUAAAGUUUAGGUUAUUUGUCAGUGCAUCUCUUUUAGAGCUGCAACAAUUAAUUGAUUAGUUGUCAACUAUUAUAUUAUUCACCAACUAAUUUGAUAAGUGAGUAUCUUUGGGUUGUGGACAAAAGACAUGAGGAUGUCAUCUGGGGCUUUGACACUGAUUGACAUGUUUCACCAUUUUUCUCACAUUUUAUAGACCAAACAACUAAUAGAUUAAACAAGAAAAAUAAUUAGAGAGAUUAAAGAGAAAGUACACCCAUUUUCAAAAUCCAUACAUGUUAUUCCCAUGGUCUAAGACAGUCCAAAAUAUUAGUAAAAAUGAACAACUCUUCUGCCAAAUCCAAAAGCUAGAGUACUAAAACUCAAAUUUGUAAUGUCAUCAAGUAUAAAGUCUGGAGCUGCUCCAGAGACAAUGAAUUGGGGUUUCAGAUGACACUUAGUACAUUCACACGACAUUAGAGAAAAUCAAUUUAAUGUGUUGGUCUGACUAAAACCUUUUAAAUACAUGUACAUAAACAAGUUUGUUUAACUGAAUUUGUGAUAAAUUACAUUUCUUAAAGUCGGACUAACACACCCAGAUAGAUGCAGUCAGUCAGUGCAGACUGACUGCAUGUACAGUAUACAGUCAGUCUGACCCAAACUGGCUGAGGCACUCAGCGCAUGCUCCACAGUUUCUACCCUGGUCUUUGACCUGAAAGUCAAAUAGCAUUAAGUGUAAGAGAAGAAGAAGCUGGUAACAACAUAGCGAAAUCUACAUCCGGAGCCAUGUAUAUUUGUACGGAUGAAGAGUACGGAGCCAUAAAGUUGUCCACCAUGGUACCAGUUUGCAGCUAGCUAACCGUAGCUAACCGUCUGUGACGUAAUAGGUCAACUGGAAAAAGCUCCAAUACUAACAAGCUGAUAGGGGGGCACCUAAGGUAGUGGAGUCGGAUGUACUUCGUUCAGUGAAUAGAUCCCCCUACCAUGCUUGUAUACUGACACAAUCACAGUAAAUGGCCUAGUUGAGUCAUAACUGCUCGACUUAACUGUGCAUGUAAAUGUACUGAAUGAGAACACGUAGAGGAAUGUUCUGAGUAUAUGGAUAUAUUUUCUGUUUCACAACGGAGAACACUACAAUAGAACAAAGCUCGUUUUGGAUAUAAAGAAGGAAAACAAACUGUUGGUUCACAAAGUCAGGCUCCUAUUCACUGUCAUCUAUGGAGCAAGCCCAGACUUUAUACCCUGUAACAUCACAAGUUUGAUGUUACUUCUCUGGUUUCUGGCUUUGAGAGAGAGUAGUUUAUGUUCACAUAUACAGUAUAUUGAUUGAACUUUCCCAGGCUAUGGAAAUAGCAUAUUGGAAUUCUUCAUUUUUGGUGGUGUUCCCCUUUAAUUGUUGGCUAACAUGGUAGUUAGGAACUUUCCAUUAUAAUAUGUCAGUGUUGUGUUCAAAGCUUGUUCAGUUGGUCAAAAGACAUAUAUACCACUACUAUUUUAGUGAGAACAGUCUAGUGUGGCUAUAGCUCUAACCUUUAUGUCGGUUUUAUCAUGCAGUGACUGAGUCCAGGCUUUUAUUUUGAAGAGACGGCGGCCCAGCCCCCGGUGCUCGGUGGCUGUGUUGUGCGGCGGUGUUGACGCAGCUGAGGCCGGUGAGUGUGAAGCGCUGACAGGACGCUGGUGGAGAGAAGCCGUCGGCGCACGGAGCCCAGUGAAGUGUGUCUGCAGCAGCGAGCAUAACACUGGAUUACCAUCACAGAGAGGGCUCUCCAGAAGAGGGCAGCGUAAGACAGAGCGCAACUCCCAUCCCAUCAGGUCCUCGAACAGUCUCCGCUGUCAGGAUCACGCCUCUGACAACCAUGAAAGGCUCUCCUGACCUGAUUCCUUCCGCAGAUUUGGACCCCAGCAGAGUGUGCAAAGGGAAAGGAGUUGUGACUCUAAGAGCCACCCUCGUCCACAUAGAUGAUGAGGGCUGCAUCAGCGAAGAGCCAAAUGUCAUCACAACGCCAAGUGGCUGGACAAGCCAGAUUAAUGGAGACAGCUCUAAAGCAGGAUUGGCUGAGGGAGGCAGCAACAUCACAGCUGAUUUACCUCCUGUAAACAACACUCAGUGCCAGGUCAAUUCACCAGAGAGUAUAAAAGAGAAUCAAGCUCCAUCCUCCACUGACAGUCAGAACUGUUUCACACCAACCUCCAGCUCUGUUUAUCCCUGCACCAGCGCAGUGAACCCCACAAUCGUCCUGCUGCAACACAACAGAGAGCAGCAAAAGCAUCUUUCUCAUUUCAAAGACCCAACCCCAGAAAGAGACAAAAGCCCUGAUCCUGGGAGAGACUCAGUCAGUCCAGUCCCUGAUAUGGACUGGAAGAGGCUGCGGCUAUCACUGCACUCCCCUGUCCUCGGUCCUCUCAACAAGCCCAUUGUGCCCGUACGGAACACUGAGAAGUCCAAAGACUGGUACAAGACAAUGUUCAAACAGAUACACAGAAUACCCGAGCCUAUUGAGGAAAAUCCUUACCGCCCCACCUACAUUUUCCCCGAGAACUAUGACAUUCAGAUGAAAUCAAAAGAUGAUGGUCACACUCCCUUUGGUUACUUGGAAGAUUUGAGAGCAGUCCCACGCUCAAAAAGUGAUGCAGAGGUCGAUUCAAGAGGCCGGUCGAUGCCUGUGCCAACACGGUCCUCUUCCCUCAAACCCUCUGCCAAAAGGAACGAGUGGGAGCCCCCGGAUAAAAAGGUAGACACCAGGAAGUACCGCGCUGAGCCCAAGAGCAUCUUUGAGUAUGAGCCAGGGAAAUCGUCGGUGCUGAAGCUGGAGAGAACGACUCAGGAUGUAAAUCCAGAAGAUGUAGAUUUAGAGAAUGAGCCUUGGUAUAAAUUCUUUUCAGAGAUGGAGUUUGACAAAGCGAGUGCCCCCUCUUUCAGCCCCCUGGAAACAGCCUCCGACCUGCAGCAGUACUCCUCGAGCAAGUCUGGACACAGCGAGGUGGAGAAGGACGGAGAACCAUCCUCGGGCGAGCCUGGGGCUCCAGAAUGCGACCGCCAUGUUUACAAGAGUGUCCUGGAGGGUGGCGACAUUCCCUUACAAGGUCUGCGGGCCCUAAACAAGCGCCAAGCCAGCUCCUCCUCCUCUAAAGUGGAUUAUAAAGGUGGGAAUGGCUAUAUAAUUUCACCCUGCUCCUCUGUAAAUAGUCGAUCAGUUCUUGCCAGUAAUGCAAUAGGUAACCAGUGUAAGAGUAUGAAGCCUCUAUCUGCUGCCAAAGCCUGCAUACCCCAAAUCCUGCCCUCUAAGUUCAAGCCCAAGCUGCUGCCGCCCAGUGGUGACAGUCAGGAGAGCAGGACUAAAGCUGUCAGGCACCCAAAGGCCCACAGCUGUGAGGAUCUGUACACGGGGCCAUGUGACACAGACUUUGCUAGAGCAGAGGAAAGGGAGAUCGGGCAACAUUCAGACUCUAAGUCCAGCUGUGGCACAGAGUGUGCGGAUGGCCUCAGGAAUGUUUCCCCUGCAAUUAGGAGGAGCGCAUCUGAGUUUUCCAGCCUGUACAGGACCAUGCAUCACAUCCAGCGGCCCAGCUCGGCCGGCUGCAGUCCCAACGGCAGCGUUCGCAGCCUGGCCUCUCUUUUUGAGAAGUCAAAGGCCGACGGGGGUGAAAGGUCAGAGGCAGAUGACGGGGGUAACAUUCCACGGGAUGCUGUGUCGUCACGGGUCAGCGAGUUUGAAAUGAUCAUUCAGCGGUCCAGCUCGGCGCCCAGUCGCUCCUCCUCCCUCCCCACCCUGCACUCCAGCCAGGGCCACAGCCCCAACCACAGCCCCGCCCACCUCUACAUGGCGUCUGCAGUGUCAGCGGAGUCCCUUUUGGUAGCUGAUGCCACCCAGAUGGAUGCCUGCUCCCCAGUGGAGGCAGAGGGCAAGAGCUGUGGGGAGGAGGCCCUGACACCAGGCAGUGUGACAGUGCAGGAGGCUGCUUCCUCCUCAGAGGACAGACACAGUGUGAGGACUGAUUCACCCUGCAACACUGAGGCCGAGGUUGAGCAGAUCUUCAGCAAAAGUUCACCCGAACUGAUCCCUCAAAAUAUCAGUGGAUCAAAGAGUCCCUCAGUACUGCUUACAGCUUCCCCAACACAACACAACCAUCUUCUCCACAACCACCACCACCACCACCUGCACCACCUGAACCAUCAACUCCUCCUCAAACCCAGCAAAUGCAAAGGCUCUUGCCCAGCCUCCUACACCCGCUUCACCACCAUCCUCAGGCACGAGAGGCAGCAGGCCACCCAACAGGAGAGGCCACCUCAGGAGAAGAAGACCACGCUUCCUGGGAACCUCUUCCUCAUGGGCCCUGCUCCUUUCAGGUUACGGAAAAACCUGCAGUCCCACCAAACUCGGAGGACUCUGUUAGCCACAAAGGUGACCACGGGCACCCAGAGGCCCUGCGCUUUGUCUCCUGAGCCCAGACCUCUGAUCCCUCAGCGCCUGUCCUCCCUGGAGGUCCUGGAGAGGCUGAGUAAUGGAGAGGGGAGCAGCACUGACCACCUGAGUAACGGGCAGGGCUUGGACGCCAAUGGGAACCUACUGCAGCCGCUGGCAGCUCACCGCAGAGACUCAUCCCCAGUUCUCGGGGAGAGCCAGGAUGAAGUGUUGCGAAGGCGUCAUGGAGACAAAGAGAAAAUCUUGGAGGAGCAGCGGCGGCUGAAGCGGGAACAGGAAGAGGCUGACACAGCGUCGAGGCGACACACAGGCAUUGUCCCGACGCACCACCAGUUCAUCACCAACGAGCGCUUCGGAGACCUGCUCAACAUCACAGAUAACACAGAGAGGAGGAAAUCAGGCGUAGAGAGAACUCCAGCCAUGGCUCGCUUCGACUUCAGAGCAGAAACUCUAAAGGAAUUACCGUUUCAGAAGGGAGACAUCGUCUACAUCAUUCGACAGGUGGAUCAAAACUGGUAUGAAGGGGAGCACCACGGAAGAGUUGGCAUUUUCCCUCAAAGUUACGUUGAGCUCCUUCCCCCCACAGAGAAAGCCCAGCCAAAGAAAAGUGCUCCAGUGCAGGUACUGGAAUAUGGAGAGGCUAUCGCACGCUUCAACUUCAACGGGGACACAGUGGUGGAAAUGUCCUUCAGAAAGGGAGAGAGGAUCACGCUGAUUCGUAGAGUUGAUGAAAACUGGUAUGAAGGCAAAAUCUCAGGCACCAACCGCCAAGGCAUCUUCCCCGUCACCUACGUAGAAGUGAACAAGCGACCCCGUGUCAAAAAUGGGGUGGAGUAUCUCGACCCUCCUGUCAGCCAUUCGCCACAGCGCAGCACCAAUGCCUCUCCUCAGCUGUAUCGUAAUCGUCUGACCACCUCCCCCCUGCCCCUCCCUCGCUCCCCCCGCCGCUCCGUGUCCCCUGAGGUCCACGCUGUCUCCUCUGAGUGGAUCUCCCUGACUGUGGGAGGAGGGAGCCCUCCUGCUGCGCCCACCCCUCCCCUGCCACCACUGCCCACAGUGUCCUACCGCUGUGGCGAGUACCUGCCCCCGCCCUACUCUGCCAGCCCCGUGCCUCCUAUCUCCAGCAGCCCGUACUGCAUCUCCCCCAUGGCUUCCCCAUCUGCCUCCCCUCUUCCCCCACCUUACCCACCCAGACCCAACUCAACCACUCCCUUCCUCACGUUCACCCCACCUCAGGGGGAGGACUUCCUGCGCUCUCCUCCCUCCACACGAAAGUCACACAGCCCCUCUGGGGGGCCAGUGCUCGAGGGCUGGGUGAGGGGGGAGAAGGAGAUGACAGAGGGUGAAGGCACAGAGGGGGACAGGGGCCACGCAGCCCCAGGCAGCAGGCGAUAUAGCCCUGCAGAGUUUGUGAAGAACGAGGCUGACCAUCAUGGACGGAGCUCCAGAAGCCCUGUGAUGCUGUUUGACAUCCAGGAUAACAACAAUGUUAACUCCUUUGCGGAGGCAGUGUGUAAUGAGAUCUUGAAUAUAGCUGAGACCUCGGUGAGGUACUGCAGCACCCUGUCCCACCACCCUAAUGACUCUGUCCAUAGACUGCACCCCCACCCCAGUAAACAAUCUCUCAUCAUUUCUCAGCAACCCAAGUCCCACAGCAGCAGCAGCCCGGAGCCGAACCGUCUACACUGUGGAAUUUUCCAGGCUCUGUACAGUUAUGUGCCGCAGAACGAAGAUGAACUGGAGCUGCAGGAGGGAGAUCUUGUCAGCGUCAUGGAGAAGUGCGAUGACGGCUGGUUUGUUGGUACCUCAAAGAGGACAAAACAGUUUGGGACUUUCCCUGGGAAUUACGUGAAGGAAGUGAAACUGUAAAGAUAUCUAAUCCGGCUGUAACACACGGUUGCCUGUCAAGCUUGGGAAGUCAUUACUAUCGCGCAUGGCUGUUGGUUAGCAUAGUCAUUUAGCCAGGCGAAUCCAUUUUGUCUGGGAAAGUGAUCGGUUCGGCCUGAGGUAUGUCAAACUGCACGAGAUGGAGACAGAGACAGCUCACUGCCCAAACCUCAGUAUGGUGUACACCUUGACCACAUAUUACACAACCCUUGACAGAAAUUGUCUGUCUCCACGUGUGGAAUUUCUCCACCACAAACUAGCUUUUAUUGUACAGAUAAUAGCUUCCAUCUUGUCUAUGUAAUUUUCAUUACACAAGUGUUUACGUAGUGUGGAGGACGGCAGCAGAGCAGUGUAUGGAUUAAGGAGUGGAUCUUAUUACCUGAACUGGACUUGGGAGGAUUCAGAAUGUAUUUUUAUGGGAUGUGUGGUUGGAGCUGUUUGUCAUGAGCUACCUUUCAGGACCAGUGGUGUUUAUCAUGAUUAUUUAAUUACAAUGCAAACCAUGCAUCUCCUGAUUGAAAGACAUUAGAUGUUGCUUUCAGAGUAAAACCUUUAGUGUUUGUUCAGCACACCAGACAGUAUGAAAUUUAAUGUGGUGGUUUAUCCUUGGACUCUGCUUCUCUUUUCUCAGUUUAGAUUUGAGAAACUGACUUAAAUUCAGUGCCCUCCAGAGUUUAAAUACUUUAACCCUUAAAUAUAAAGCCCCUUUAGAAACUGGUCUGACAUACCUGUUUUACUUUCUGUUACAUUUUAUGAAUCAUCAAAAAAUCAGUAUUUAAAGAACAUAACAGCAUUCACAACUCAGUGCCCGAAAGCUUUAGAUACCAGUUCAGUAUUGCCUUCAUUUUCUAUCAAAGGUUGUUAUAUAACAGUUAUCACAAAGUCAUAUGCAUGACAAGAGAUACUCAAAUGUUGAAGUGUGCUCUUAGCUUCUCUUUUUUCCCAGUAACCACAGCAAACACACGUACAGGACACGUGGACUGUGUUGCAUGUCUUUAAAGUGAAACCGUGUAUGUGCACAUCCUUUUUCUUCAGAAUCUAUUCAUUUGUCAUUUUACACCUCUUCUGUCAAAAGAGAAGUGUGUUUACUGAUGGAUGAUGCCUGUAAGGUAGCUGGUGGUAGACGCCUGGCUCCAGCGCAACCACAGGACAGGCGUGGUGGCACUUAACUUCCUGUUUAGUCAUAUAAGCAGAUCCCACCUAACAAGACAAUGGUAUAUUAAUCACAAAAAAAUCUAUUUAAUGUUUUAAGCAAAGCCAACAAGGUGUCUUAGAAUAUAAACAUGCUGAUUUUUAAGUGCGUAUUGAGAUUUUAACCGCACCCUCACUCACAAGAUUUUUUGUUUUAGCCAUGUAAAUGUGUACAGAAAACUUUAAGAGGCCUUCUAAAUAUGGCUACAUAUUUUCAUAUGUAAUGACUACAACUUGGGUAAUACACUCAGUGGAAUGAUUUAACAAUAAGGUCAGCAUUAGUACAGCAUGCACUGUAAUAUAAUAAGAGACAAGUCAAAUUGGAGCAUGAGACGCUAUCAGCCUCAAUAUUUGCCACCUUUAGCUUAAAGCAAACAGCAGUGAUGACGGGGUUAACAGUCUGCUCUUUGAGCUUCAAUAGCACCCUGAUGGAGGAUUGCUUUGAAUUCUGCUAUCAAAGCAUCACAGCCGUCUUCCCGCGAGUACAGAGCUCCCACAUCUCCAGCACCAUCAGAUCCUGUAACAGACACCACAUGUCAGAAUAGAUCCUCCACACGCACAUACUGAAAGAUGAUAGCUAUUGUUUUUCUCCGCUUGUGUUUUCAUCAAAUUCCUCUUUGUCAUCAGCUGCUGCACUAUGCUCACCAGUCCUGAGCGGAGGUGUCAAAUAGUACUUGCAAAUAAUUCUUAGAGCUUGUUAUGACCUGCUUGUACUGGCAGAUGGAUGGGAGAUUGCUAAAGAAGUAUUUUAAAAUCACUUUUUUUUUUACACAAGGUGGACUGAGGUGGUGAGCUAUCUGAUGCUCCAAGUAGCUGAACUCAGAUCCUUUUCCCUAUGAAUACACACAUUUCUAAUCAAACAGUGCCAGACUAUCAGUGUAUCACUCUCUAUAAUUGCCUGAGUACAGGAGAAAUUAGAAACGUAAUGUGAAGUGUUGAAAGAUGAAACAGUAGCUCUCACUAGAUCUAAAAGUGUAUGUUUACUAUAUCUUUGGGGUUUUUUUUGAAUGUGUUAGCUGCAGUUGUGCAGUGAUGAUGAACAUUGACCUGAUUGGAUUGUGGUUUGAAACUGUAUGUGGCUGCCACAUAUAUGAAGUUCAAUAACUGAUGAAGUGCAUUAAUUUAACAAGAUUCAGUAGCAAUCAGUGUUUCGUCCUCUCUGAUGUUUGCUGUUGGGACAAAAUCAGGUGUUUCCUCUGGCGCGGAUCACCACUGACAAUUUUGCCAACAUCAGCAAAGGGAAUGUUUUGUCAGGAUAAUACACUGCAUUAUGGGUUUGCCUGUAUAGCGCUGAUAUAAUAUUCAGGUAUUUUGUUACACCACAAAGGCAUGUUUUCCCCUCUGCUGCUGGCUAAACAUUUCUGUCCCUGCGUAACUCCAGCUCUGCAUGAAUGUGCUGAUAGGUUGGGAGUCUGUUGGCCUGUUUCUUCCCUGACAGAACAAAAGGAGAGAGGUUUUUGCUCCACCUCAAACACACCACACGAUGGACAAAUAAACAAUCACUCGUUUAGCCAUAACACAACUCACUUUAGCUUGUUUCUGUGAUAUUGUGCUCUAGAAAACAUCACAGGAUGUAUGAAUGUAUGAAUAUAUGAAUGUGGCAAUGCACACACAAUAUGUAAAAAAAAGAAAAGUCUGUAUUUUCAUCUUAAAGGAACAUGCAGACGAUCGAUCAGCAUGGCACAAGAAGGAUUGUAAAUAUGUAAAAUAAAAAUAAUAGACUGCGAGCGAGGGGAGCGUCAGAUUGAGCUCUCUGUCGCUUGCGGCGGUUUAUUUACCUGAAGGAUUUUUGUCAAAGCACAGAGUGGAGCGUUACUGAGCACAGGAUGUUUGGCGCAUAUGAACAUUACGCUGCCAUUUGUGACAUUCAUAAUGCCUUAUGUUAGAUGCAAAAUUGUGCCUCAUUUUCAUUUAAUUAUUUUGUUUUCCUUUGGAGUAUCACUGAAAUGUAUCCAUGACAUAUUUAAUGUAACCAUGGUUUUCCCAUUAGUCCUAGUGAUCUCUGUGAUGGGAGAACAUUUACUAAGAACUUGUCAGUUACUGUGCAAGUACCUAAAAGUGUGACACAAUGCUUUAACUUAAUGAUUAAUAAUCAUGAGAACGAGCUAGUUUGAUGAGACGCACAACCUGCAACAGGUUUUUGGUUUGUUUGCUUCAAUUUGCAGUGCUGUUACAUUGACAAUAUUAAAAUAAAGAUACUAUACACUGCUGUGACUUCGGUAUUAUGCAAUAUUUAAUAAACCAUUUAAACUAU